UUUUACUUUUUUCUCGCGCAGCUGAUGCUGCAUCCUGUUAGAAGUUCUCAACGCGCGUCUGAAAAGGAGCGUGAUGGUCGUGGCGCAUUGGACCUUUAAACAGUCUAUGCCAAACGAAGGAAAGGAAAGAAACGAAAGGAGGGGGAGAUCACACAUUUACCCCUGCUGACUCCAUUUGACAGAAGCCAAGGCACAGAGGCGCACUAAGAUCACCACAGACAACCUUCUGAGGAAAAAAAACACACGAAAUUUCUUCUAAUAUGUAGGCUGUACAACUCAGUCAGUCUGUACAACUCAUUUAUCUUUUUUCUUUCUUCUGGAGAUUUUUACGCACCCCGGAAGAGCAAAGAAAACGCCGCAGAGAUGAGUGUUGCGCGGUCUGGCGUGCAUCUGAAGGAUUCCCGCUCCUGAUAAAGGGACCAAACAGGACUAAACGAGUUUUUUUUUUCCUAAAGAACAUCGCAAAGGUGGAGCGAUUAGAGAAGGGCUGAUGAAGGGACUAUUAAUCCUUUCAGUGCAUCAAAAGCACCAAGGGGCAUUACAAACGUUUGGAUGGAAAUCGGAACUGUUUUUGGUUUUAUAUGAAACUGGUGAUUAAUUCUUGUGAGUUUUUACCCCCCACUUAACAGAUUUAUAAGGUUUUUUUUUUUUUUUUUUUCUUCUGGUAAAAGGUUGUAUGAAAGUGCGAAUUCGCACAAAAAAACCCUUUCAUCUUCGUCUUUUUUUCUUCAAGUAUUUCUAAAUCUAAAUGGAAUUAGUUGAGUCUGAAGCCGUUUGUGAAAGAAACAGACAUGGUACAUGGGCACAGCUUCCUUCACGUUGUGGCAAGUCUACUCAUACUCGGGUUGUCUGUGACAACAAAAAAGGAUUCAGUUACAGUGAAAAACAAUUCUGGAGUGAAGCCUGCAGGUCAAUGUGGAGCGUGGGUAAAAGAAGCAGAAGGAGGGCUCUUCACCUCUCCCAAUUACCCGAACAAAUACCCCCCCAACACAGAGUGUGUUUAUAUCCUUGAAGCUCCCCCUAGACAGUGCAUUGAUCUACACUUUGAGGACAAUUAUUCAAUCGAGUCCUCUUGGGAAUGUAAAUUUGACAACAUCGAGGUUCGCGAUGGACCGUUCGGCUUCUCCCCAAUACUUGGGCGGUAUUGUGGUCAACACAGCCCGCCAGAUAUCAGGAGUAGUGGCCGAUACCUGUGGAUAAAAUUUGUGACAGAUGGAGAACUGGAAGGAGUGGGAUUUUCGGCAACUUACAACUUCACAGCCGAUCCAGACUUUGCUGACUUGGGAAUACCCCCACCUCUGCCCUCCUGUCAGUAUGACAUGGUUGGCCCAGAAGGAAUCGUUGAGUCUCAUCAGAUCACCAGAGACGGGAAAGCUGGUGCCACUGAGGCUGUCGACUGUAAAUGGUACAUCCGUGCUCCUCCCCGUUCCAAGAUCUAUCUGCGUUUUCUGGACUAUGAGAUGGCAAACUCCAAUGAAUGCAAGCGCAACUUUGUAGCAGUAUACGAUGGAGGGAGCUCGGUGGAAGACCUGAAGAGCAAGUUCUGCUCCACUGUGGCCAAUGACAUCAUGCUGAUGUCCACGCUGGGAGUUAUCCGGAUGUGGGCAGAUGAGCUCAGCCGCAAGAGCCGCUUCCGCAUCCUUUUCACAACAUACCAAGAACCUCCAUGUGAUGCCGAUGCCUUCUUUUGUCACAGUAAUAUGUGCAUAAACUACACUCUGGUGUGUAAUGGCAUGCAGAACUGUGUCUACCCCUGGGAUGAGAAUCAAUGCAAAGAGAAAACUAAUACCAAAUUCCUGGACAACCUGAACUCCACAAACGGGGCCAUAAUAGGUGUGACUUGCUGCAUCGUCUUCAUCCUCCUUAUCGUCUCCGUAAUUGUUCAGAUAAAGCAGCCACGUAAAAAGUACAUUUUGCGACGAGAAGAUUUCGACCCCACCAUGUUUCAAGAGGUCUUCGAGCCCCCCCACUAUGAGCUAUGUACUUUACGGAGUGCCGCCACACCUACAGCGGCCUCUGCAGAUUUGGUUGACUUGGCGGAGGACUUUGAGAACUACCACGCCCUUCGCCAGGCCUCCUCUCGCUGCAUCCACGACCACCACUGUGGCUCCCCCUCUUGCCCCGGCUCCGCGCACAUAUCGCAGCUGUCGCUCAGCGGGCGAGGGAGCCGGAGUAACUUAAGUGCCCGCGACUCAGGGGCCGCUGCAGCUCUGCUUGCAGACCUUCCUCAACCACCCAUGUCAGUGCGGCCCCUGCUGCCAGCCACGGGGAACCGCAGAAGCAUCUUGGUCAUGAAGCACAGCUACUCGCAAGAGGCGGCAGACAAUGGAUGCGACCUGGAUGAUGACCUGGAAGACGUUCCCACCACCAGCCACCGACUGUCGCGCCACGAAAAGGCAGUACAGCGGUUCUGCCUCAUUGGCUCUUUGAGCAAACAUGAAUCAGAGUACAACACAACUAGGGUCUAGGAGACAAUCCCAAGACUUCUUGAGAAUAGUGCUAUCCUGGAACAGUACGAACGGGCGUCAGUAACACAUGACAAAGCGGAGCGGAGACUUAAACCAGCAUGAUGCUGCUGCUGCUGCUGCUGCUGAUGAUGCUGAUGAUGAUGAUGAAGGGACACUUUAAUGAAAUGGAUACUGGAAGUGUAUUCAUGCACAAAGAUUACAAAGGACUAGAUGGAAACACUCUAGCCACAAUGCUGUGAAGAAUGGAGUUUUGAAAAACCGUGACCUCCGGUGCAGAUGCAGAUUGUUGAAAUGCUUUGGCUUACUGUAACUUUUAUAUAAGAAACACGGUUCAAGGAGCGCAGUUUGGGCUGUAAAGUAUGUGUCAUUGUCAUGAAUCCCUUCUGACAACAAAGCCAGUUUGAACAUUUUUAAGUUUUAUUUUUUCAGCAUGUCUGUUUUCCGUUAGUGGCAUAAAUGUUGGGAUUUUUCACAACAUAUUAUACAGGCUUGCAAUUAGUCUAACCUCUUCAAAAUUAAACUCUACCUAGUAUUAACCUAGUUGAAAUUAUUACUGUGGGGAUAAAGCAGAAGCAUUUUUCCGUUGGAUAAAAAACAAAUGAUGUAUGGCUUGUGAAUGCUCCUUUAUUUUCCAUUAAAGCAUUAACAUACAUUAAAACUGGAAAAAAAAAUACUUAUUCAUGUCAUAUGUGCUUUAGAUGCUAUUUAAAAAGCAUGCACAGAUGAGUGAAACAUAUCGCAUGUUGUGUGGCUACAUCAUUACACAGCAUUCUUUAAUCAUAUCUUACUACUCAACUAUUUAAGUUUGAGGUUGUUUUUUAAUAUGUUGAAUAACCUUUUGACUGGCAGUUUUACUUUGAAAAGGACCUUUUUUUGACAAACAUUUAAGUCUAAAUGCCUUCUCUUCUAUCGAAGCUUAAUAUCUUUGUAUGAAAAGAGACUUUUAUACCAGGAAAAAAAUUUAAAGCAACAGUUUAUACAUUGCUCAACUUAUCUUUCAGGGCUGAUUUUAUUGAGCUUUUUUAAAAUAAAUACAACAACUAAACUUCUCUUUGAUUCGUUAG